AUCAUCGAAGGCGCGCGCAGCAACACACGCACGCCGCCGCAGCGCACUGUCGCCACCCGUAGCCCACCGGACGCCGGGAGGCAGCCCAAGCCAAAUGGCCGAGAAGUACUUACAUGCUGUUUCAUGUAGGGGCGACCUCGACGCCGUCCGGCACUGUCUGGAGCACGCCCAUCCAAAUGUGGACGGCGCGCGGACGCGAGGAAGGACGGCGCUCUGGGAGGCCGCGGCGCGCGGCCAUGCCGCGGUUUGCGCGGCAUUGCUCGACGCGGGCGCGAGUCCCGAUGCCGAGGACUGGAGCGGUUCUUCGCCAUUAGUGGUGGCUGCGAGACGGGGGCGUAAUCGAGCCGUCGCGGCGUUCGUCCAACGCGGCCACGCGUCUUCCACCGCUCUGGAGGCCGCAUCACUCAAGGGUCACGACGACGUCGUCCAGCAGCUAUUACGGGCGGGCGCGCUGCCGACCCCCACAGCUUUGAGGGAUGGCUCCUUGAAUUGCUUUGCGAUGCUCUGCGACCAUGCGGAAGAGGCCGCGCUAUUCGACGCGAUGGCGCAUCACGAAUGUCGCGCCAAGGUCGCGUCGCGGAUCGCCGCCCAUUUAGAUGAGGGCAUCGAGCGUCGCAUGUUCGAUGGCGAGGACCUCCGGAAGGUUGAGAGGGAGAAAGCGGAAGAGUCGAAGCGGCUCGAGACCGUCAAUGACGAUGAAGACGACUACUGGAGCGACGUGAUCGACUCGAAACCCUGUUUGCGGCGCGGCGUCGCCGCUUUACUAAGAAGGGACGUCCACGACGAGUUGAGGGAUGAAGCCACGCGGUGGAUCGUACUAUCGAGAGUGGCAGCUCUGUGCGCGGGUAAAAACAUGGAACCCUUCGCGCUGCACGCUUGUACGAGAUCAUUUGUCGAUGGUAGGCGAACACUAGCCUUCACCGGGUUUAACGACGGCGGCGACCCUCUACAAUUGCGGCAAGACGUCGAGGUCUUGUUGAAGAACGUGGCCGCGACCGCCGACGCGACCGAAGCAGCGGUGCGGGCCGUCUGCGGUCUUAGGAAUCGCGAGAAGCGCCUCUCGUAUGCGCCCGCGCCGCGCGCCGCUUUGUUAUUGAGGGCCUGCGUCGCGCGCUUCCGUUGUAAAGACGAGGAUUCAGUGGUGGCCGGCGGCGUGCUUACAUUUGAAAGCCACGAGGACUUCUGCGACGCGACGCUAGCUCUAUGCGACUGGUGCUGGGCGUUGAAACCUGAGAUAACACCACCGCCGCCGCCAGUCGUAUCUCCAGAGAGACAGCCGGACUGGUGCCCCGCGGGCGCGCCCAUGAGACGGGUGCACGACCGUCGUUUAGCUGUGAACUUCCUGGGGGGCGGCCCGGCGCGCGUGUCUCGUCGACGGCGCCGACCUAUACAACAACAGCAACGGAGACGGCAGUCGCUGCCGAAGGAGCUGGGGAGGGGCGAGCUCCUCGACUUCUACGACGGCGGCUACGGUCUGGUCGUCGUGAAGAUUGCGUUGGACGAGGAGGGCUGCACCUGCGAAUUUAGGUUGAAGGGGCCCGUCGCCGCCUCCACGAACGUGGGCGAGCGGCUCCUGGAGCCCGUGCUUGCUUUACCGGAAGCCCCGGUGAACUUCGAGGACCUCUCCUUCGUCGACCACCCGCCGACGGCGGCGACAUUACUACUGCUGGCCGACGAGCCCGUCUCGGAGGACGAGGACUUCUAA